UCGGUUCGCUGAUUCACCCGCUUUGUUUUGGUCUGACACCGUCAGUCAAUCCGAGUUCUCUGUCGGAUCAUCGCCUCCCCGCCCCCAAGUUCCUCCUCCAGCUCUGUUCUCUGCUGCAUUUGUUUGGGGAUAUUUGUUAUUCGGUUUCUUCCGGAUAGCUGUUUUAGCGCAUUCUUUAAGGCUUAACGGAUGGGGCAGGUAGUGACUAAGUUUCUCUCUGGCAUUGUCUGGCCGAAGAGGCAGCUCGCUAUUCUCAUGCUUGGCCUUGACAACGCCGGUAAGACGACGCUGUUGUACAAAUUGAAGCUCGGAGAAAAGGUGACCACGGUGCCCACCAUUGGAUUCAACGUGGAGUCCAUCCAGUACCGCAAUGUGAACUUCACGGUGUGGGACGUAGGGGGCCAAGACAAGAUCCGACCUCUGUGGAAGUACUACUUUAACAACGCCCAUGGGUUGAUUUUCGUAGUAGAUAGCAACGACAGAGAGAGACUGUUGGAAGCUCGAGAUGAGCUGCAGAAAUUGCUGUCCAGUUCCGACCUCAGCGUUGCAAAGGUGCUGGUGUUUGCCAACAAGCAGGACCUGCCGAAUGUCGUGAGUGUGGCCGAAGUGACGGACAAGCUGGGACUGUUAGCGAUGCGGGACCCACAAUGGUUCGUGCAAGGAUGCUGUGGCACUUCCGGCGAAGGACUGUACGAAGGGCUCGACUGGCUCGCCGCGGCCCUCCGCGACGCUUUGUGAUUCAUCCUCAACUUCACAGGCGAUGCUCAGCUUCAUGCACAUUGGGUAACAUAGUAUGGUAUCUGGAAUUAUCGAUGCUUGGAUCUACCAUGUCUAACGACGAUUCCCAAAGAGGGAAAUUUGGAAACAAAAACAAAAACGGGUAGAAGCAAAGAAAAGCAAAACAAGAUGACAACAGCUAUGAAACUGAAGGAAAAGUCGCGUGAAGAAAGAUUAUGUGAGGAGACCGGGAGUCAUCAGAUCAGAGAUGUUACAGUUGCAUUCCCAAUAGCUCGGGAGCUGAAGUCUGCAGAGAUUCACAGAUUUGGUCAUGAGAAUUAGAGAUUGUUCUGUGGUUGCGAAGGUGCCGGAAAAAAUUAUAGCGAUGAGAGGAAUUGGUGUAAAGAGACCAAGAAAGGUUUUGCACCCGGUUAAACUGACAGUGCGAACUUCCACAAUCACUUUACUUUGUACUUUGUACUUUCGAUUUCUUUAAAUGUUGGAUUCAAUAUACACAUCUCUCUCAUCAAA